UAUCGUAGCAUUUUCCCAUACGACGCCAUCAAUAGCAUCGUAACAAUACUUGCAGCACGUGCGGUAUAGAUUUAACCUCUCUCUAUCGUUGUGAAUAAAAAAAGAAAUAUCUGUCUUGAUAAAUUUCGUAUCUUUCUAGUAUAUAUUACUCAAAAAUUAGGUAGGAGAAGAUGGGUAAAUUGAGAUUGUGGUUAAAUAGCCGGAAAAAUGCGAAACGUUGACCGAAGGGUCAGAGCUCCAGCUCUAAUCUACAAACUAAAAAGCAUCGGGAACAGUCAUCCUGGAUGUUCUUCAAAGAUUCAACAGCCUCUGCGAAGCCUGGUAUAACAGAGGAAAGUUUAGAAAAACACAAUGCUAUUCAAGGGGUUGAAUCACAGGUAGAAACACCUGAUAACAAAGGCCUAAUAGCAAAGAACUCUUGGGAAACAUGUACAGAAAACACUGCUGAUACUUUUGCUACCAAUUGUUCAAAUAUAUCAUUUAGUAGGUUCUUACAUCAUUUUCAAUCGAAAUCACUGUUGCAUAAGGAAAUGUUAGCUGUAUUGUCCGCUGUAACGGAGAUUAUAAAACAGCAUGGUGGUAAUGAAUCUAGCACAGAAUAUUUUGCUGCAUUGAUGAGCACGUUGGAAGCGAUUGAAUCGGAUAUUAAUAUUUCGACAUGUAAAUCGUUUUUCAUUCUAUUUCUUUAUAUGAUUUUAAAUAUUACACCAAGGCAUACUAUCUAUAUUUUUCAUUUUUCACAGUGUAUUCAUUGUUUAUCUUUGCUCCUUCGAGCACAAGAAGCAGCCACAUGGUCUAGUUCAUCUACGAUGCAAGUGUUGGAUGUCAUUUUAUCGUUUAGUAUACACUAUAAACACAAAUUAAGACAAUCGGCACAACAUGGAAUAUGUACCAUAUUAAACGGAGGUGAUAUCAUGAAAGGUGAAAACCCACCGCAAUAUCAGCCAGCUACUCCAUGCAUUGCAAAAUUCUGUAUUGGUCAACUUGACUCCGAGUCCGAUGGUAUUACAAAUGUUCUUCAUGUCCUUACACUACUAAAAGACAUUUUCCAUCAUUUACCAAAGAUUCAUGUGAAGACUAUCAGUGAAUCUUUAUUGAAGCUUAUGACUAUGAAAAAUGUGUUAGUAACUUCAUGUUGUUUACAAACCUUUCAUGGUUUGUUCGUUUCUCGACCAUCAGAAGCUAUUUUACCAGUACAAAGAAAUGGGCAAAUCAUUACUGCUUUAUAUGAUUAUCAACCUCCAGCAACUGAUACACAACCAACCUUAGCGUGGCUAACUGUAAUGCAAGAAGCGUAUUUAAAUUUAGCACACAAUUCAUUAAAUUUGUGUGCAGUUCUUUUACCAAGAAUUUUGGAUAAAUGCAUGGAAUUGUGGCUUUCGGACAAAUCGGAAGUUAUAUCUGGUUCUUCGCACACGAUAAAAAUUUUAUUACAAGAUUGUGUCGGUAAAAUGUGUGAAACCGAAGAAUCAAUGAAAACAUAUAAGGACACGAUCAAUCAGAUAACUUUUAUGAUCCAUCAAGCAUUAGGUUAUCAAUAUUUGGAAGCUUGGUAUCAUAUUCUUCAUUUAAUAGCCUUACUAUUUCAGGUAACUGGUAAAGCGAGAAGUCCGCAAUUAAUAGAGAUAUUAAAAAGUCUUGCUGAGUUACGUGAUUCUUAUAAUUUUGCGUCGAAAAAUGACGCUGAGUAUUAUGCUAUUGGAGCUGCGAUAAGAGUGCUAGGACCGGAGACAGUAUUAAAUUUGAUUCCAUUGAAAGUAUCGGACAAUGCAAUUAAUUUAAAAAGAACUUGGUUACUACCAUUAUUGAAAGAUUGUGUGCUAGGUGGGUCACUUACUUUCUUCACGGAAACAUUGCUACCUAUCGUUGCAUUGUGCGAGAAAAAAGCAACCGAACCUGUAGGCGGGAAAACUUACGAAUUUCUCGUUUGCCAAGUCUGCGCUAUUUUACCAAGUAUAUGCAACAACGCUACCGAUGUGAAAGAUAAUUUCAAGAAUAUAGCUAAACUGUUAGGAACAAAUUUAAAUGAGAGAAAGAAUUUAAGGAUGUCGAUAAUGUCUGCCUUACGAAGAUUAAUAACGAAAGCACUCGAAGACGACAAAAAAGAAGAUAUACACGAACUAGCUAGAUUUGCAAAGAAUUAUUUACCAUUGUUUUUAAAUCUAUACACUACUAAGCCACUUGGAACUGACGAAGAAGGACAACGCUUUGCUACAUAUGAUACAAUAAGAGUGUAUCUUACAAUUGCGGAUAAGGAAUUGGUACACGAAUUAUUCGAUCGUGCGUUAUUUAAGUUGAAAGAACCUGAUAUCGACGAUUUUUUCAAAGAAAGUAUUCACGAUAUAAUAAGAUUAUUUAUUAAUUAUACUAACAUUAAUAGAUUAAAGACGUUUUACGAUAUGUGUGUACCACUUUUUAUAGAAAUUUCUGAAACCAAGGAACAGAAGAAAGCGUAUAGGUUUUUAGAAGAGAUAUGUGGCAGUGAGAAGGAAACGUGUAAAGAGUUUGUAGUUCAAUACAGACGCGAGAUACAAAAAUUAUUAAUAUCCUCGGCUACUGAAGUCGCAAAGCCAAGCAGAGGAGCGCGAUUAAGAUGCUUAAUUCAUCUGAUCAAAAUUCACCCACAACUUGAGAAAACUAAGUUCUUAGAAGCUAUUGUGCCCGAAGCAGUAAUCUAUUUAAAAGAUUUAAAUACGAAAUGUCGAACUUCUGCGUAUUAACUUUUAAACACUAUUGCCGAGAAAUUUUUAGGAAAUCCUACACAUCUUAAAGAUUAUGUUAAUAUGCUCAUGGUUGGUUUGAGUGUAGAAAAUAUACAAAAGUAUUGUACCGCAUCCUUGCUGGCACUUUCUUCUAUCACUUAUCAUUACAACGGAUCUUUAGGUAUAGAGACGGUUAAAGAAAUCUUGGGACAAGCUUGUAUUUUUGUUACAAGUUCCACAAGAGAAAUUGCAGAAGCUGCAUUGGCAUAUAUCAAAGUAUAUAUUACUGUGAUGCCAUCUCAUAUUGCUGCUUCGAAUUUAAAAUUGUUGAUAGACGCUUUAUGCACAAUGAACGAUGGCUGCCAUAGGCAUUUCAGACAAAACGUACGAGAUAUUCUCGUAAAUUUAAUAAGAAAAUACAGAAUGGAAACAAUUUCUGGCAUGAUUCCAGCUUCUAAUGCGACGUUACAUAAGAGAUUAAAAAAUAUGAAUAAGGCAGAAGAAGCGAAGAAAAAGAGAAAAGAAUUGAGGAAAUUGAAAAAACAAGAAAAUGACGAGGAUACUGAAUUCAAUACAAAGAGAAAACCUAAAAGUAUGGAAGAAAUAUUGGCAGAUAGCGAUGAUGAGUUCGAUGAAGAUAUGGACAAUGAAGAGUCAAGGAAAAGGAAGAAAAGAAAAUCGCAAAAGGAAGCCUGGAUUCAUGAAAAUGAAGAGAUCGUUGAUCUCGUUGAUCCUGCGGCUGCUCGAAACAUAUCAACAACGCAACCUACAGUCGCAAAUUCAGAAAUAGCGGCUAUAAAACGGAAAGGUCGUGAAUUUAAGACUACGUCUGAUGGCCGUCUUAUUAUCACAGUAGAUAAUGAGAAAGGUAAUGAACUAGAACCCAAAAGAAAGAAGAAAUCUGCACUUUUGUUGCACAGUCAUUCAGAAGACGAUUAUGAAGAUGAUGUUCAGUCUGUAGCCAUGUCGCAAGCAAUGGAAAAACGUAAAUAUAACGAUAGUUAUGAUAACGUUAGCGUAAGGAGUGGAUCCACAUUGAAGUAUCAAGGAGAAGGAUCUGGAAUAUAUCGACCAUUGAAAAAAUCAAGAACAGAAUGUAUACCAGGAGCAAAAUAUAAAGCAUCAAAGGCUGGAACUGAUGUUAAACGGAAAGGAAAACCAGAUCCAUAUGCUUAUGUACCUCUGUCAAGAGCAGCAUUAAACAAAAGAAAAAAGAAGAAAUAUGCGAGUAAAUUUCGCGAUAAAGGAGCGAAGAAAGGUGGGAAAAUUGGAAUGAAGCAAAGGAAAAACUAAAGUAUAAUAUACCAUA